AUGGGCACCAACGAUUGGACGACUGUCGGUCACCAGAACAGGAAAACGAACAUGCAUGGUAGUGAUCGAGAUCAACACAGCAGCCACAAACCAUUAACUAGUCAUGUAAGGUCUGACAUAACAUCACUCUUCAUCACUAAUUUUCCGGACUCUGUAAAAGUCGGAGAUAUCAAGAGGGUAUGUGGUCGAGCCUGUAUUCGGUUGGGUAAAAUAGUAGGGGUGGUUAUCGCUAACAGAUUAUCAAAAGUGGGGAAACGAUUUGGUUUCAUUAGGUUUACAAAUGUCGGUAAUUGUGACUCUUUGAUCAAACAACUUCGUGAAGUUUGGUUUGGUUCAUAUAAAUUUUUUGCUUCCCUCCCUCGAUCCCUGCACAAUAAUAAUCAUGCCUUCCAAUCUACUGGACUCCCCACAACAUUCCAUCAUAGAUUCAACGUGAAAUCCUAUGCUAAUGUUGUCCGAGGCCUUACUAAUAAUAUUAGUAACAAUUCUACUACGGAGGAGAUUAUUGACCUUUUUUCCGGAGAUUUCAUAGUUGAACAAAGACAAAGGGCAUGCCUUGUUAAGGAAAGAUAUUUUUCUACUCUUCCUAAUCUUAGGGUGCUAUGUUUAGAUGAGGGAUUUGAUAAUUUUGAGAUGAAAUACGUUGGAGGUUUAUGGGUGCUAAUUGAAUUCACUACCAAGAAUGCAUGCAAUAAUUUUAUGAGCAAUCAAGCUAUAAAUCAUUGGAUUUUAGAAAAGAGAGCAUGGGAUAGAACUUUUGUUCCAUCAAAACGUGUAGUGUGGGUGGAUGUUGAAGGAGUACCACUUUCAACUUGGAGUAAAGACCCAUUUAGAAAAAUUCUUUCAAAAUGGGGAACAAUAGCACAGUUAGACGAUGAUCUGGGAGAAGACAUUUUUAAGAAUAGAGUUUGUAUUCUUACAACCAUAAAAACUAUCAUUUCAGAGGUAAUAAAAGUCCGUGUAGAUGGGAUUAUACAUUAUAUUCGGGUAAAAGAAGCCCUGGGAUGGACUCCAUCCUUUGUUCACGACUUUCCUGUUGCUGAUCUGACCGAGAGUGAAUUGCAAGACAGUGAACAAAAUGAAGUCAACUCUUAUUUCUCUGAAAGGAAUGAGGAGGUUUCAUUGGAUCCUUUUGGCAUCUAUGAUGCUAUCGAAAAAAUGAAAAAGGAUGAGGCCAACAAUGAAAUUCAUAAAGGUUUUAAUAAUUGGGGAAAUGGGAAAAAAUUUAAUAAUAAUAGAGAGAGCACUCAGGGGCAAAAUGGGAAUUUUGAUAUGGGCAUGGCCUUUCCUCACUCUCCUGUGGAACAUAAUAAUUCUAAUACUCGUGCUGCCUCCCAGGUUCGCCUAUCUGAUAUCCCUGGACCUGCUGUUGGCCACCCUACUGCUGCAGAGAUAGAUCUGAUCGCCUGUGCUGCUGUUGCUAUUGAAUUGCAAGCAGCUUCUGCUGUCUCCUCCAGUUCGACAGCUACUACCCCCAAAAUUCCAGUUCAUUUUGAUGAUUCAGAGUCUUCUCAAACUGGAACAGAACAAUUUAAAACACAAAUUCCGAUUGGUUUCUCAGGUGGAUAUACUUGCAUGUCGGGCAUUCCAUCCACAAACGAAUCUUUAUCUCACCCACCUGGAUUUUCAAAUAUGAAAUAUGGAGAGAAUGAUGCCUUCUCAAAAGGUUCUUUCAGCACGGCCUCAAUUGAGGUCGAAUCCGGAAAAACAGUAGCUCUAGGAGGAAGUAUUGGCUUAAAUAUGAAUAGUUGUCUUGAGCAUGUUAAAAAUACUAUUCAUGAGGAGCGGGUUAAUAAAAUCUAG